AUGUCCAGUAGCGCUCACACAACAAACAGCAAUUUAGUUUCAAACGGUGCAGUUGCCGCUUCAUCGGUCAGUGCCUCUUCGGUAUCCUCAGUCAUGUCCUCGGUCAGCUCAUUUGCUUCGUCGGUAACUUCUGCAGCUUCAAGCUCCGCAUCGAGCGCUGCUUCAUCUGCAUCCUCCAGCUCCUCCAGCAGCAAUGCUGCCUCGCCAAACAUGGUUGCUCAUCCAAUCUCCUGGAAAUACGGUAUUGCAUUAGGAGCCGUUGUUGCAGGGUCUUUCGUUUUAGGUGCAGGUAUCUAG